AUUUUCAUUUGCAAUGCGCAUAAUGUCAAAUGUCAAAUAGUAAAUGGGAAUUUGUUUUUUUUGUGUCUCAUUUAUUCCAAAACUUAGAAAAUUAUAACAUAUUUACUAUAAUUGUACAUAGAUCGAAUUUGUGAUCAUUACCAGUGCUAAUAUACUUUGUUUACAAUAAUAAUUGUUGUGUUACUUCCGUCAUUGCACAACAAAGGCGUUAUUAAGACAUUUUUAUUGAACUACCGAAAGGUUUACUAACUGAAAGGUUUUUGAUACAGUUCGAAUAAUUAUGGAUUACGUUACAGCACUUAAAAUUCUCGUAAUCGGUGAGAGUGGAGUUGGGAAAUCAAGUAUUAUCCUGGCCUUUACAACAGGGGACUACAAUGCUUCCUUCCCGGCCACCAUAGGAGUCGACUACAAGUGUAAAGUAAUGGAUGUCAAUGGUUUAAAAGUAAAACUUGGUAUUUGGGAUACAGCCGGCCAGGAAAGGUACAGAACGCUGACAAAUAGUUUCUACAGAGAUGCACACGGAGCGAUUUUAGUAUAUGAUGUAUCAGAACCAAAAACGUUACAAAAAUUAAACGAAUGGGUCGAAGAACUACAAGUUUAUUCAACUAAAAAGAAUAUCGUCUGUUUAGUCGUUGGAAAUAAGAUAGAUAAGCCACGCGCAGUUACCAGAGAAGCGGGGCAGGCGUUUGCACAAAAACAUAGAAUGCUCUUUAUCGAAAGCAGUGCGAAGACUCAAGAAGGAAUUAAUUUGGCCUUUGAAGAACUGGUGCAAAAGAUAAUAGAGACGCCAGGUCUCUGGGAGUCAACUGGAUCAUCUUCGAACAUUCGAGUUUCAAGCGAAGAGAGCAGAAAGCAAAAUGAAUCGUCAUGUUACGACUAUACUUGCUCUAUAUAAUAUACACUACAUAUUUCAUAGGUUGGCUAUAUGAAGGGUUGUUAUUUUUAUUUAGUAACUAUCAUGUCAUGCGCUUUUUACUCGCGAAAAAUGUACAAAAAGUCACGAUUUCUCUACAAUUUUUAUUGUCUUAAAACCAUUACAAUCCUUUUUGUUACCAAAUAUCUCUUAUGUUCAGACAUAAUUUUAUUGUAUGAAUAAAAGCACAUUAAAUAAUCAUCA